AUGUCUAACGCAGAUUUUGAUAGUCAAGACUUGAGUGGUCCAAGUGUAUUGGAUGGUGAUUACUUAACUAUGUUAAGUUCUUCGGAUAAGUUAAUGUCAGGCGAAUUUGAAGCUCUUGAGCGACUACAAGCUGAACUAGAUUUAUUUGAUGAUCCAAAUAGGACUGAAGAAGUUGUGGAACAAAUGGCUGUAGAAAACCAUCUAGAUUUAAUUGAAGAAGAAGUUUGUAGUGAUGCAGGUGAUGUGUCAAGAAUUAAAAAUGAAAUAGAAUCAGAAAGUGAACUUAUUGAAGAUUCUGUUCAACCUCAGUUGACUGAAACACAAAUUAAGUUAGAAACUAUAGAUUUAGAUCAAGAUGAAAUAAUAUCAAUAAAACAAUCUCAAUCACAUUCUCAGUCUGAAAUGCUAUCUGUUAGUAGUUCAAACGCCAUAAAAAGAAGUGCACCACAAACUGGGCAUGGAAGUCAACAAUCAAAAAAACCUUUACUCACAAAAGUAAUGGUUAAUACAUUACCAAGUACAAGUACCGGAAGAAAUACUCAGCAAAUUUUAUUAAACGUUCCAAUUGGACAACGUCCACAAUUAGGUUCAACUAGAACUAUAACACUUACACAAGCUCGUCAAAUGGGUUUACUUGCUACAAGUUGUCGACUCCAACCUGUAACUUCAAAUCCGAACAUGACACAAAAUAAAAAUAUGGUUGUAAAUAAAAUUUCGGGGACCAUGAAGAAAGGAACAACAACAACAACUGGUACCAUAAAGUCAUCUGGACCCACUAAAAUCUUGCCAGCACCAACUCUAAUAACAACUAAAAGUCCAAUGAUGCAACAACAGAAAAUUUUUAUACGACAAGGUGGAGUUUUCAAACAAGGCACACUAGUGUCAACUAGUAAUGGUGCAAAUCAGGUUAUAAGAUUACCAUCUAUUGUUAGCCAGUCAUCUUCACCAGUAUCAACUAUUCAACAUAUACGACUUCCAACAGUUAAUGCUUCAACUGUUGCUGGUUUACAACAAGUUAAGAUGCCAGUAACCUCUGGGAUACAACAAGUUCUACCCAAUAAACAAGUUCAAUACAUAAGACUAGUACCUACAACUGCCACAAGUAGUUUGGGUUCUUCUACUGUAUCUGUUGUAACAACAACUACAGCACUUCCAAAGCAACCUCAAAUAGUCACAUUAUCAACCUCGACUCCAAAAUCAAGUGUUAAAACUACAACUGUAGCUAAAACUUCUACAGCUAGCAAUCAACAGCCAGUUACAAAUCAUAUAAAAGUUUUUACUGCUUCGCCACACACUGUGACAUCUAGUCAACAAAGACCAAUAUUACCUGCGAAUAAACCUAGUACAAGUUCAUCUGUAGAAUCAAAAAAAUCUAGUAGUUCUAACAAUCAAUCAACUAACUUUACAAGCUCUAAACAAGUUUCUACACCCAAAGUUAUGAUCAAAGAAGAAAUUAUUGACGAUGAUAUUCCCAUAAGGAGAGAAGAUAAAAAAGAAACAAACUUGACUACCCCAACUUUACCAAAGAUUGGUAGACCGUCAUCUUCCGUUACACCUGUGUUAUCUGAAACAAAACCCAAAUCAACAAGUGAUGUGAAUAAAAUAAGAAAACCUUGUAACUGCACUAGAUCACAAUGCCUUAAACUUUAUUGUGAUUGCUUUGCCAAUGGUGAAUUUUGUUACCAGUGUAACUGUAAUUCAUGUUACAACAACAUGGAACAUGAAGAAGAUCGAGCACAAGCGAUUCGAUCAGUAUUAGAUAGAAAUCCAAAUGCAUUUAGACCAAAAAUCAAAAGUUUUGUUGGACAAGCCGAGCGACAACAUACCAAAGGAUGUAAUUGUAAGAGAUCAGGAUGUUUGAAAAAUUAUUGUGAAUGCUUUGAAGCUCGUAUAGCAUGUUCACAAAACUGUAAAUGUAUUGGUUGCCGUAAUAUGGAAGACGAUUCGCAUACUUCGUUUGGAGACCAUCCUGGAUCUUUAAGUGUAGAACAUUUAAAAUCCAGAACAAAAUCAGCUAAUUUUAUAACAUCAUUUGGUAGCAUGCAAGCUGCAAAUGCUAUACCAAGUCAACCAUUCAAAUUUUUUACUAAUGACGUAGUACAAGCAACAUGCCGCUGUCUUUUAGCACGUGGCAUGGAAGCUAAAAAAUUAAAUGCUGGUGCUGAAGAAUGCCAACGUAUAAUAAUCGAAGAGUUUGGACAAUGUCUUGUCAAAAUCAUGGAAUUAGCGUCUGAAAAAUCUUUUUUAUAAUCAAAUAAAAAUGUUCAGAUUAUAUAUGUAUAGUCUACUUUAAUUCUAAAUUAU